ACCCAACGACCAACGCUAAUUUCGCCCCUGCCUUUAAAUACCUGUUACCUCGUCUCCUCCCCUCUCUCCUGUCAUACACACAAAACAACCAUUCCUGCAAGAGACAAAGCCCAAGAUCGCCGGGAUUUUUCCAAGACGUGAAAAGAAACAAGGCGAGAUCGAGGAUGAGCAGCGGCGAUUCGUCCCCGAUGGAGUCAAGCGGUGCCCCCCAAUGCCGUCAUGGCGACGGUGCCCCAGCGGUGAGCGCCAAGAAGCUGUGGCGCGCGAUGCAAGCCGUCUACUUCGUCGUCGUCAAGAAGCACCAGCCCAAGCUCGCCGCGCUCGGCGUGCACCUGCACCACCUCCUCUCCAGCAGGCGCGACCGCCGCCGGCGCCGCAGCCUCGCCGCGGUGCGGGAGCAGCAUCCGGCGCUGACGUACCUGUCCUCGCUGUCGUGCCGGUCCAUGGACCCGGACGCCGCGGUGGUGCACCCGUACCCGCGCGGGCGCGGCCACGGCCGCCGCCGCGCGUCGUCGAGGCCCGCGGCCCCUACCCUCUCGUGCCGGUCCAUGGACCCCGCCGCCGCCGUGUGCCAGUACCAGUACCGCCCACGCGAGGUCGAGUUCAGCUGCAAGAGCACGCCAUUGCACAAGCGCCGGCGCCGCGAGCGGCGCCUCCUCCGCCUGCAGGACCGCGCCGCCGCCGACCAGGGACGCGACCACUCGUCGGAGCCGGAGUACUACUACGGCUCGACCGUCGCGGUGACGAGGCUGUUCGAGCUGAUGGACGUCGAGGAGGUGGCCAGGGCGACGGACCUCGCGGAUUACGACGACGACGGCGACUUCGACAUCGAAGCGAAGGCGGCGCUUACUCUGGGGCCGGCGCCGCGGCAGGUGCGGAUCACGGACUCGCCUUACCUGUUGUGGGAUGACGACAGCGAGGAGGGGUGGGGCGCGGUGGACAGGCGCGCCGAUGAGUUCAUCACGAGCUUCUACGAGCAGCUGCGCACGCAGCAGCCGCGCUACUUGGCCAAAUAGAUAGGUUAGGGGUGCAGAUUGCAGAAGCAGAGUUCGAUCUGCCUCUUAGUCUUGUCAAUAGUUCAUGCAUCCAUCAAUGCAUGGAUUAGGUUACAUUAUCCCUAAACGAUCGAUGCGCGCUCAUCAUACUUUUACCUACCUUUUUGAUCAGUUGGUGUGUGAGUGGCAAUGCUUGAUUUUUGUUACCUUGAAGCUUGAAAAAUGAACAUAAUACUUGCUGAACUUGUUCGCCAUUGCUUUUCAGUUCCUCUCUUAAUCUAGGCUACUUUAUUUUAGGUGUUCUUGGUUGAGGGCUUAAUUUUUUUUGAAACUUGAUGCGUGCGUGUUUAGACUCUCCUACUAAGGCGCCAGUCUCAGUGGGAGUGUCAUCGACACAGUUACCAGGACUGAAAACUUGAUAACUGUGCCAGUGGAGUGUCAUGGUGAUGACACUCCUCUCACAUUUCAUGACACUCAUCUCUUCUCUCUCCUCAUACUAUUGGUACAUAUCAUCAAAUUUAAUGUUCAUGACACUCCUAUGACACUUCCACUGAGAUUGGCUUAAGGAUUUCAGUGAGCUAAGAAGGCUAUAGCUUGCUGGUAGGUGCUGUGUGCCGUACAGCUGUACAAGGACUGAACAGUUACGCUUGUUUCCACUGCUGUGGAAAAGAUGGAGUUUGUGGUUUUCAGUCAAUUUUUGCCUAUAAAUUUCGAUGUUACAGCGGUGACAUCAGGGAAAAGGAAGUAGGGAGACCGGAGACAGUCGAUGCAUGCUCUGAAGCUUCUGAUCUUUUCUGAAUGAAAGCGUGAUUCGGAACAUCAACCGCGAUGACAAAUUCUGAAUGAAUGAUGCUCUAUGGGAAGAGACAGAAACUACCAGUAGGAUGAAAUGCCCUUUCGCGGUCAUACUAGUAAGUAUAGCAAGUGAAAUCAUGGAAGUUGCCGUAUUUCUGUUGCAAGGAAGUCACUGAUGUUACAAAGAAAAGAAAAGGCCACUGUCUUGGUACAGUAUUUUCGACUGCAAUUCCUAAUCUUUACAGUAUUUCUGGUGUUUUUUCAUGAGAGGUUUACAUGGUUUGCUUUCCCUGAUUCGUGACAGGGGCAAAUUGAAAGUUCACGGCGGCUAUACGGCAUAAUGCCCGUGCAUUAUGAGUUUUGAUCCUCCAUGAAGAGAAGAAAUGAAAGACCUGAUAGCUGCUUUGAACCAUACGCCUUAACUUCCACAACUCGAGUGGGCUGCUGUUUUCUUUCUUUCUUUUUUCAAGAAAGUGCAGAGAGGAUCGAUGCGCUAACCAUCUCAUUGUCGUAUCGUACCGCACGCAGAUGAUGAGCAAGAACUGACACCUCAGUAAAACUGAAAAGUCCGCACUCCUCUGCUGUGUUUGAUCUCCAGCAGAUCUUUUCUAGUUUGCCUGUAUGUACUCUAUUCGAUGAUGUGUUUGUACUGAAGAGGCUUCUACUGAUAAAAUUGCUUCAGGGAACA